AUGUCUAGUACAUUUGGCACUUUACUUAAACUCAGUACUUUUGGCGAAUCUCAUGGUGAGGGAGUUGGUGUAAUACUUGAAGGUGUUAGCCCUGGUCUAGAGCUACAUGAAGAAGACAUACAAAAAGAACUGGACAGGAGAAAACCAGGGCAAUCAGACAUAGCUACGCCACGUAAAGAAUCUGAUACAGUGCAUAUUCUCUCUGGCGUAUUCGAAGGAAAAACCACAGGCACCCCACUGAUGAUGCUUCUUUAUAACAGUGAUAUACAAUCGAAAGAUUACAACUCUAUAAAGGAUUACUUUAGACCUGGACAUGCAGAUUUUACCUAUCUUCAAAAAUAUGGUUUUAGAGAUUGGAGAGGAAGCGGAAGAGCAAGCGGAAGAGAAACCGCAGCACGUGUAGCAGCUGGAGCCGUAGCAAAAAAAAUUCUUUCCAAAAAAGGAGUGCGUAUCAUAGCAUACACGUAUGAAGCAGGGGGAAUUGCUUGUAAGAGUAUUGACACUACUGUUAUUGAGAAAAACCCAAUGCGUGCUGCAGACAUGGAUGCGGCAGCUCAAAUGCUGGAACGUGGCUUAGCACUAAAAAAAGAACAAAACAGCAUGGGGGGCAUUAUUACAUGCAUUAUACAAGGAGUAAGAGCUGGUAUUGGAGAGCCUGUAUUUGAUAAACUUGACGCAUUACUCUCUCAUGCUAUUAUGUCUAUUGGGGCAGUAAAGGGAAUAGAGUUUGGGUCAGGUUUUGCUGCUAGUAAGAUGACUGGUCGUGAACAUAAUGAUGCAAUGACUGCAAAGGGCUUCGAUAGCAAUAAUGCUGGGGGAAUACUUGGGGGCAUAUCUACAGGUGAAAAUAUUAUUAUACGUAUAGCAGUGAAGCCUGUUUCUUCAAUAGCUAGUCCGCAAAAUACUCUUUCAAUUACCGGGGUAGAAUCUGUUAUUUCCACAGAAGGUAGACACGAUAUCUGUAUCUGCCCAAGAAUAAUACCAGUGGUGGAAGCUAUGUCCGCAUUGGUGCUAGGUGACUUAUAUAAGAGACAUGAGGCACUAUUUAUAUAA